CGUUUCUCACCCAAACCAAGCAGUAGUAGAGUUUACAAUGCAGAACUAGAUAAUAAAGAACUUGUCAGAGAAGCUAUGCUUCUGGGGUUUUGGGGCAAGUUGCUGAGUUCCUUGCACAGAUAUAGUGUAGCCUAUGGUAUGGACAUGUAACCUAGUAAUGAUCAAGUACAUCUUGGGUGGUUGGGUAAGUGGUUAAAAUAAAGGUCAAGAUAAUCCGUUUCUAUUCAAAUGAGGUGUAUGUAGUACACACAGAACCUUUAGUGUUACAAUCAUUCAUACAUCAUGGAGACACUCCCAUCUGUCUGAUAUUAUGCAGAUUGCUUAUCACACGCGGAUCAUUUUAAUACUUGAUAUACUUCUUCAUUUUAAUAAAUACUUUCUUUCCAUUCUGUCUCCACUAUAAAAUUCUGUUUAGCACCGAACCACUAAAGUUAGGGCAGGAUAUUGCUGCACCUGCCAAAUCACACACACACACACACACACACACACACACACACACACACACACACACAAACACAAAAAACACAACCAGUCAGAAUAUAAAUUUACAUUACUCAUGCUUUCAUGUUUUCCACACACGUCUAGCCUCAUUAGUAGUGACAGACAGACUCUACGGAACUUGUUAUACUUCAUCAGAUCUGAUUGUGAGAGCACAACUAUCUAUCUAUCUCUCUAUCAUCUAUCUAUCCAUCUAUCACAAUCCUUCACUUGCCAAGCAGCAUGUCUUUAGUCACUGAGGUAUUAACACUUGUUCUUCUACACAUAUAUGAGCACACUUUAACAGUAAUGCAGAGUGCUUCUUUUUGGCUUAAACACUAAUCCCUGCUCUACCCCCUAAUGUUUCCAACAGGUGUCUUGUGUGUGUGUGUGUGUGUGUGUGUGUGUGUGUGUGUGUGUGUGUGAAGGAUUGGACACUGCUAUAGCAGCUGUGGCUUGAGAAGAGAUCUCUAUUUAGUGUAUUCACCUCAUUAGCAUGUGUUAUCAGAUAUACACCUCAAAACGUGCACAUGCACACGAACCUGUCAAGCUGUGUAAUGCACUCAAUCUAUGGUCCUACAGGACUAGCGGGAGUGCUGGCCCCAAUGCCAGUGGUCAUGCAGCCUCACCACAGGCUGUAUCACUACAACAACACCAGUCAACCAAGCAAAGGUCUGGCGCCAUCAAUAAAAUCCCCCUACAGUGAGGUGGCUCCUGUGUGUGGGGCUCCCCCUUGUGGUCAACCGCCACAAAGCAGAGCAAUGUACAACCCAUCCUUCAACCCUGGAACCUGCAUGGAUCCUUACAUGCGGCCUCCGCAAGGACCCCCACCCCAUAGCGUGAUGGGACACCGUGGCAUGCCCCCACCUGAGGGAGGUAAUGGUUCCCCCUACUGUAACCAGAGUAACACAAUGAUAGCGCAUCAUGGCUUUCCUCACAACCAGUCAGGCCCGGAACACUUGGGUUCAGGAGAUGGUUCUCGUUUCUCCACCCCACGUUCCAUACUGAAGUUGAGCAAGAAGCGAGCGCUGUCCAUCUCUCCUCUGUCUGAUACAAGCGUGGACCUGCAGACAGUCAUUCGCACAUCUCCCAACUCUCUGGUGGCAUUUGUUAAUUCUCGCUGUGGGCAAACUGCUGCUAGCUCAUAUGGACACCUGUCUGUGGGAGCUUUGAGUCCAUCAAUGGGUUACCCAAGCGCAACAAACUACCAGUCCAGGCCUCAAGGGAACAUGUACGGAACUCCACUUGGCCACACCCCUGCUCCCUGCCAUGGACUCCCAACUCGCCUGCCUCCUCACAACCCCCGCCUGCAUGCACCUCCAAAACAUGGACAUCUGAAGACAGAACCCAUCAUAGGUAGUGUGAUGGAUGGCAUUAAUGUGAAGAGUUUAGAAGAGCAUUCAGAAGGAGAUGUGGCCAGUCCAUCUUCCAGUGGAACACAGGAUCCUCUUCUUGGGCUUCUGGAGGGCAGAGAUGAUUUAGACAAAGAGGAGAAACCAGAACCAGAGGCCAUCUAUGAGACCAACUGUCACUGGGAGAGCUGCAGCAAGGAGUUUGACACCCAGGAACAACUUGUGCAUCACAUCAAUAACGAGCAUAUCCAUGGCGAGAAGAAAGAAUUUGUGUGCCACUGGAAGGACUGCUCUCGUGAGCAGAGACCAUUUAAGGCUCAGUAUAUGCUGGUGGUUCAUAUGCGUAGACACACUGGCGAGAAACCUCACAAGUGCACUUUUGAGGGUUGCAACAAAGCAUACUCUCGUCUGGAGAACCUGAAAACACACCUGCGCUCACACACUGGUGAGAAGCCAUACGUAUGUGAGCAUGAGGGAUGUAACAAGGCUUUCUCUAAUGCCUCAGACCGUGCAAAGCACCAGAACAGAACACACUCAAAUGAGAAACCCUAUGUGUGCAAAAUCCCUGGAUGUACAAAGCGUUACACAGACCCAAGCUCCCUGCGCAAGCAUGUAAAGACAGUUCAUGGACCUGAGGCUCACAUCACUAAGAAACAUCGUGGCGACACUGGACCUCGACCACCAGGUUCUGCUCUGACCUCUGCAGGUCAAAGUUCCGAGCUGAUGGUAGAGAAAGAGGAAAGGACCAGAGAGGACUGCAAACUUCUGGCUCCUGAAAAUACACUAAAGUCUCAGCCAAGUCCUGGAGGCCAGUCAUCCUGCAGUAGUGAACGCUCACCAUUAGGGAGUGCAAACAACAACGACAGUGGUGUAGAGAUGAACCUGAAUGCAGCGGGUAGUCUGGAAGACUUGACAGCAGUGGAAGAUGGAGGGGGCAACAGCGUGGCUGAGUCUAAUGGGGGAGUGGUUUCUGGGGGUAUAGGUAUGUCUGCACAGGCCCUGAAGAGGCUGGAGAACUUGAAAAUUGAUAAACUAAAGCAGAUCCGCCGUCAGACCCCACCAGGCCGGGGUACAGUAAAUAAAUUACCAGCACUUUCAGCAUCAAGUGAGAUGAUCGGCAUAUGUGGUCCCUCCCCUUUGCUUUCUAAUCGUCGAGUGAUGGAGCUCUCUAACCCAGACCUGGGUGGAGGUGGUAUGGGUGGAAUUGGCAGAAUGGUUAUGCCUUGCCCACCCAGUGACCGCCGUGGAAGUGGUACCAGUAGUUUAAGCUCUGCCUACACUGUGAGCCGCCGUUCCUCUGUGGUUUCCCCCUACUUAUCAAGUCGCCGCUCAAGUGAAGUAUCUCAGGUGGGCACAGGUGGGCACUGCCAUUCUGUCAUUGGAAAUGAUGUGGGUGGGGACCAGUUAUCACCUGAGAGCAGCCACAGAACUGGUUUGUGCCAGAGCACCAGUGGAUUACCAGGUCUACCAAGUCUUACCCCUGCAGAACAAUAUAGUUUGAAAGCUAAAUAUGCAGCAGCAACUGGUGGACCACCACCAACACCUCUACCCAAUAUGGAGCAGCCUGGUACCCCCAGAAGACGUAGUGGUUUCUUGAGUGAGUAUGAUGGUCAGCCACUCCCACCAUUCCUACAUCAAGUGGGAACCAGGAGACACAGUGCCAACACGGAGUAUGGAACAGGGGUUAUUUACCCACACCAGGCUCCUGGCAAUGACAUACGACGUGCCAGUGAUCCUGUGCGCUCUGGAGCUGACCCACAAGGCCUACCCAAAGUGCAGCGCUUUAACAGCCUGAGUAACAUGACAUUGAUGGGCCGUCGUAAUGCAUUGCAGCACUGUGGCUCUGAUGCCAACAUCACCAGACACAUGUAUUCACCAAGACCACCGAGUAUUACUGAGAACGUGAUGAUGGAGGCCAUGGCAGUGGAGCCUCCGAGGAAUACCAUAGAAGGCCGGGACCAUGGAACUAUGAUGCAAGGUGCCGACAGGGCCUACAUGGGCUACCAGCAGUCUCAGUCCCAUCCUCAUACUGGUGACCAGCUAUCUCCUGGAAAUGAAGGCAUGGGAUGCUUGGAGCCAUCCUACCCAUCACAGAUGCAGGGGCAGUACCACAGUCAACGUGGAAAUAUAGGUGUUGGGGAAACUAUGGGUCAGAAUGAGAUUUCAAACACUCUCCUCCAGCAAGCUGAGUACAGUAUGAGCACCUGUCAGCUCAGCCCCUCUGGGCCACACUACCCUGGCUUGGGGCAGCCUAGUGAGGGAUCAGGACCCUGGCGACAAAAUGGCCAGCUCCACAAUCCUCAUGUGGGUAUGCAAGCAUCUAUGCAGUUCCAAGACACAGGAAUGCAGGGACAACAGUAUUCUCAAGGUUUGUAUGAUCCCAACACUGAUCCUAACCAUCAGAGGGUCACUAUCAAACCAGAACAGUUCCAUUCACACAUGGGAGGCUCCAGUGCCUGCCAAAAUGCCAAGGCUCUUCAACAGCAUCGCCAGCCUAGCACUAUGGAGGUAUGCCAGCAAGGGUAUGCACCACAAACAAAAGAGCAUGGUUUAAUCAGCAAAUCUUCCAACCCCAGUUGUGACUUUAUCCAUGCUCAGAUCAAGACCCAGACUGAUCAUCGUCAACAGCAAAACCAGGCUGGAUCAUUCCUCCAUGGAGGAAGUUUGAGUCUUGGCUGUGCAGGCUCUGUGUUGGCUGAGGACCGGAGGUCACAGACUCCAAUGCUGCAGGUGAAGGAGAUGAUGGUACGAAACUAUGUGCAAUCACAACAGGCACUCCUUUGGGAGCAGCAGCAGCAAGAGCACCAAACAGCAAAUAGUAGUCACCCUCGGAAGCCAGAAAGCAUGGAGAUGGGAGCACAGCCAGCAAUGAUGCAGCAUAGCCCCCAAGAUCAGCAACUUAAUCAAAACAUCUAUCAUAACAGUUACCAGGGUUACUCAAAUCAGAAUGUCAUGAGUCCCUCAGGACACAGUCAAUCAUCCAGCUCAGUGCCAGUCAAGGAACAGAUGACUGGAAUGCAGGAUUCCUCCUACAGCCAUGAUGUGGUGCCACAUCCACCUCAGGGUCGAAAGCCUCUGAGUCGCCAGAAUAGUCUUUCCCAGCAGUCAAAUGGAGCAUACCUAAGCAGCCCACCUAACUUAAGUCCUGGUCAUAAUACUGCCAGUCCCAGGAGAAGUGUCAGGUUACCACCUGUUCAUCAACAGCAGCAACACACUGAUAACUUCUAUUACUCUGGCCAGAUCCAUAUGCACCACAACAUGGAUAAGUCUCUGGAACCCCAUGAUGUCUCCUGCCGGACCCAGCAGCACCUUGCUGGAAUAGAGCCCGCAACAAAGGCUGCUUCAUUGGCAUAUCCCCAGUCUGCAUCUAUGUCAAAUACACUUGAGAACCUGGACUUGGAGAAUGCUCAAAUUGACUUUGCUUCCAUUAUUGAGGAUCCAGAUCCUUCAUCCUACAGCCCAGUAAAUCCAGUUCUGGGACACCAGUCAUCCUCCCAGGACUCCUCCCGUCUUACCACUCCACAAAACUCCAUCACCCUUCCCUCCAGUCUAUCUAAUAUGGCAAUUGGAGAUAUGACCUCCAUGCUGACAUCCCUUGCUGGGGAAAACAAGUAUUUGAACACACUGACUUGAAGAAUCGCUUUACAUGUUUCAGAGGGUUGUAAGUCAUAGACUAUCAUUCUGGCUAUAUCAACAUCCAAUGGCCUAAUUAGACUCCUGAUAUACAUUCAGUGAAACAGUGGUUACUCUGGACCUUCCUAUACUCACUGUCUCAAGUGAGUCUUACUAGACGGGCCAGGUUUCUGUAGAGGGCUGAUUCUGCUUAUCUAUUUCCAUUUGUUUUUGUUUUAUUUGUUUAAUAAACAUUGCCUUGGGUUUCAUUAUCAAGACUAAAAUGGUAUUUCAGUUACCAUGCUGGGAGGGUUAGUAAUAAAACACUUUGUUUAAAUGUAAAUACCAUUUACCUUUUGUAUUAGCAAUGGAAUUUAAACUGAGACAAUGAUAGAAGAAAAACUUAUCUUCUGCAUGAUAAAAUUUAUGGCAACUAGGAAGAGUUAGAGAGAGCACAUUUCCUUUCUGAGGUACUAGAAAAGCUCAGUUAUAAUAAAUGGUAGAACACGUCUGAAGUGCCUUUGCCUAUUGUGGCUAAUGACAUGUGCAUUACAGUUAUCAUUUUAGAGAAUCACAGUCAGACAGGUCAGAGGUACAAAACCCAUAAUGACCGGUCAUAGUGCCUAUGUGCAGUGCAGUAUUCAAAGCCUUAUCAGUAGUUAUUUUUGAUUAUUAUUAUUAUUCAAGUGAAUGUGGCAAAACAGAAGACCUAUGGUUGAAUCCAGUGGAACCAUUUGAUUUAAAUUAACUUUCCUGUUUGUCUUUUUGUUUGUUUUUUGCUCAUUCAUGUUCAAACAGGUAUUUUUAGUCAAGUGGCACUGAUUAUCGUUUUUAAAUGGUGCCUGGAUACACUAAGCCAAUUUUGGUCUGACCCCCACAGUUGUUUUUAUUUGAAACUCCUAUUUCUUGUAAACGUAGAUCAGUCACCUGAUAGACAUUUGUAUUUUUGUGGUGUUUCCAAGCCUUAAAUUUCACCACAUCAUGUAAAUUUAAUAUUGCACUGACAACAGCACUGAGCUGAAUUUUUCUGUUUUGGGUCUUCUAGUACAGUUUAUGAUUAGUGCGUUCAGGCAGUAUCCAGGUGACUAACUAAAGGACAUACUGUCCUUUGUUUUAGCACAUUCAUGCAAUGCCUCACAAUGGUGUGAAGGACUCAUUUAAGUAUUGAAAACAAGCGUAUCCCUGUACUUCACUACAGCUGUUCAUGGCAUACCAAAGAUGAUUAGCACUGGGAAGAGUGCAUGUGCACCCUUCAAUAUCAACGUUAAUACAGUCAUGUUGCCAUGCCUCUAUAGUGCUGUGAUAGAGAAUGUAAUUUUUCUUAACAUUCUUUUUAAAUGAAAAAAAAAAAAAAUAGUUUUGUGGAUUUUGCAUUUCUCUGUGUGUUGUUCUGGCAUCUGUCACAGUUUUUUUGUUUGUUUGUUUGUGGGUUUUAUUUUUUGUUUUUUGCUGGCAAAAGAGAAUUUAACGUAGCAUUGCAAAUUCAUGAUAUUAGCAGUUAUUACAUCUAUAUACAGGAAAUCAAGUGAUAUAUUUUUUUGCAUACCAUUUUCUACAUUUUUAUACAAAGUAAAGGUACUAUAUUCUACCUGUUUAUUAAUAAACACGGCCUGCGAUAGAAGUCUGUGUUGAGUUGUCACAUAUUCUGUUAGUGAAUGAUAAUUAUUUCAUGACAUUGAUAGACAUGAGAUAGAUAUUCUCACUUUACCCUUUAAACACGGCAGAAAAAAAACAUUAUUCAAAUCUACAAUAAUCUGAUCAUUUUAACUAAGUUUUGAAUGAACUAAUUAAUCUUUCCGGAGAGUUAAUUAUGAAUUAAGUCACAUGAACAUUUCAGGAAAGACAAUAAAUGGGUUCUAGCUUUUCCUGUUCUUGCGUGUUAUAGCUAGUACCAGGAUCGUGCCGAGACCUUUGGAGAUACAGGUGCUCCAAGUUAAAAAAAAAUGGGGCACAUGGAGCAAGAUUCUAAAAUACCAACUACAGCAUGCUCUGCUGAACCACAGCAACCGAUAUUCUAGCAAAAUAUAACAAACCACACCGUUAUAUGAUCACAUUGGAAUGUCUCAAAUUACAUAAUAAAUGUUUUUGGGUUGAAAAGUGAACUAAGCAACCUAGCCCUGAAUAAAAAUGUAUUCAUCCAUGUUCAUUAACCACUUUAUCCUGAUCAGGGUGACAGUAGUUCCAUCCUCUUAAUUAAUGUUCCUGUCCAGUUUCAAUGAACCUGCCUAGCCUCAGUUUCCUGCUCUUGGCUGACAGGAUAUGGUCUUCUGCUGGUGUAGCUCAUCCGCAUCACGGUUUGACAUCUUGUGCAUUCUCGUGUACUUUUUUGCUCAGCAAGGGUGUAAAGAGCUACCAUAGCCUUCCUGUCAGCUCUGAACAGUGUGGCAAUUCUCCGCUGACCUGUUUCAUAAAUAAGCUAUUUCCUCUCAGAGAUCUGCUG